AUGACCAUAAAAUGCGAAUUGUGCACACACGACGAUGGACCCACCUUGAAUUUGAUGGAUGGAGAUGAACUUCGCGAGCACUUGAUUGUUGAUCACUGUAAACAAGUGGCUCGGGCAUUUCUGAAACCCAGGUUACAUCAAAAAGAUCAAUGGCUCUGGUCCAAUAUAACUUUUGAUGAAGCUAUGGUAAGGUCGUUCAAUUUUUGAGAUUUUUGCUUUGAUACAGCUGUAAGAAGGUCUUUCACAACUUUCUACGAUUGUUUGCCGUUGUAUUUUGCUGCUUUUAAGCUAGAAUCGAUCUUAUUUUAGUCAGCUGGUAGUUAAAUUUUUCAUCUUUUGAUUUCUAACUGGAUUGUUGUCUGUGGAAUAAGAUCUAGUUUUAAUUAGGUAUAGUAAGGUCUGUUUUAGUUUAUAUAUGCUGUUUCAGGUUUUUUCUCUUUAGUUUUUACCAAAAUUUUCCUUGUUUUAGGUAUCAGCUACCUUCAAAAAUUUGACCUUAUAAAUUCAGUUUUAAAUCUUUUGAUAAGCUGAAAAAUGUGGUUCAGUUAGCGACUUAGAUGUAUAUUCUGACUUUUAAAUAUUAUUUCACUUUAUAAUCUUUUCAUUUUCACCAGAAUUUAUCUUACUUUAGACAUGCACUACCCAGAUUAUUAAUUUUUUCGAUUUUCAGCUGGAUCUUCCGCAAUGUUCAGACGCUGAGGUCCAGAAUGCUUCGUUUAACCUUCUCCAACCAAUUGGCCAAGUGAUUCGGACAUUUUUUCAUAUGAUUUUCGAGAAAUUUGAGGGCUCCGAAGAUCAAAAACGAGCCUUCUUCGAUCUUGUUGAACAAUAUUUCCCAAUGGAUGAUCCUACCAAAACGGAAGUCGAGUCCGACGAUGUUAUCAGUCAACGAUUUGAGGAAGACGAGAGGAACCCGAUAUUGGAUAUUGUAAGCUUGUUUUUCGAUAUUGUUUUAGACGUCUUUGAUCAAAAUUUUUGAAGAUAUUUGGGAAAUACGGAGCUUCUCUAAUAAGAAUUUUUGUGUUUUGUUAGAGAAAUAAGUGAUUAUUGAGGAUUUUUGCCCCGAAAGUUCGCUAAAUUUCACAUUAUUUUAGAUCUCGGCGUCAAUCCAAAUGUCUCUCCUACAAAACGAUCUACCCUUUGUUGCCCCAAAAUCCGAGCCAGUGGAGAUUUUUGAGCCCGAAGCUGAGUCGGAAAGCCGGGAAAUGUCUCCAACGGAGUUCCGACAAACCGUUGCUCAACUUUUUGACAAGGACAACAGUUCAGCUCCGCAAAAUUCGGAAGAAAAUGUUUUGAGGGCUCCGCUGUCGAAGAGAAUUAUCGCGGAUUCGAAGGCGAUUCGGACGGCUACUUGUCAGGUGAGCGGGAUAAAAUUUGAAAAAAAAUUUUGGACCUUGAGGUCAAAUUUCCAUGGUGGUUCAUGAAAAAAUUAUUGGCCAAAUCUUGAUAAAACUUGCAGAAAAUUAGGUUACUUUAAAUAUCAAAAAAUAAAAAUCGAAAAAAUUUUAUACCUAAAAAAUUUUUAAAAAAAUCUGCAUUAUUUACGAUCAAACUUGGCCCAAAUUUAGGCUGGGAUUUUCUAUAGCUUAUGUGAAAUUUUUUACUCAUAGUUUACGCCAGAAACAUCGAAAUUUCGGGAAGCGACGAUUGGGGAAAAAGACAAUUGGGGAAACUGAAAGGUUUUAUUUUUCUUCGAUAUAAGUGUCGAAAUUAGAGUAAUCGAUGGCGCUUAUUUCCUAAUGACAUUUAUUUUUUUUUGAUUGUUACUAUUUUGCUUAUAUAGUAACUAAGCAGUACUGUUUUAUAUGUAAGCAGUACUUUUUUAUUUAUUUUUUUAUCACAAAUACUCGAUUUAGGAGUUUUCGAUAGUGCUGAUUUCAAAUCAAAAAAAUGGAUACAAUUUUCGAAACCAGCACUGUCGAAAAAAAUCCCUAAAUCGAGUAUUUGUGAUAAAAAAAUAAAAAAGUACUACUUACAUUAAGCAAAACAGUAACGAUCAAAAAAAAUUAAUGUCAUUUGGAAAUCAGCACCAUCGAUUAUCCCAAUUUCGACACUUAUAUCGAAGAAAAAUAAUGCUUUUCAGUUUCCCCAAUUAUCUUUUUCCCCAAUCGUCGCACUCCGAAAUUUAGAUGGUUUUGGCGUAAUCUACGAGAAAAAAUUUCACAUAAGCUAUAGAAAAUUCCGGCCUAAAUUUGGGCCAAGUUUGAUCGGAAAUAAUGCAGAUUUUUUGAAAAAUUUUUUUUAGGUAUAAAAUUUUUUUCGAUUUUUAUUUUUUGAUAUUUAAAGUAAUCUAAUUUUCUGCCAAGUUUUAUCAAGAUUUGGCCAAUAAUCUUUCCAUGAAUAACCUUGGAAAUUUGACCUCAAAUCCAAAAUUUGGGCCAAGUUUGAUCGGAAAUAAUGCAGAUUCUUUGAAAAAUUUUUUUAGGUAUAAUUUUUUUUGAUAAUUUUUAAAAAAAAUGUUAUUUUCCCCGAUUUCCAGUCCUGCCACAAAAAAGUGUGCAUGACAGCGCGUCAGCGACACGUCUACAUGGCCCAUGUGAACAAAAAGGACAUGUUCAUCUGCCCCCAAUGCGACUACACCAACUCCAACUCGAUCUGGGAGGCCCGCAAGCACUGCGAAUCCCACGAUCCCCCAUGCAAGCCAGAAUCGAACGAAAAGAAAUACGUGAAAAUCAUCCGCGCCUGCAACGCGAUGUGCUUCCCCAACUGGCGGGAGAAAAAAUUCGCCGUCAUGGAGGAGAUGUUGACGUACGCGGAGCUCCAAGAAGCCGAAGCCGAGAUCAGCCAGUGCACGUUUGAUGCGCAGAAUAAUCGGAUUGCCUAUGAUGAUGAUACUGGUGAGAUUUUUUUUUGAUUUUUUUUUUGAAAUUUGGGUUGAAUUUGGAAAGUAAAAAUUGAGAUUUUUUUUUGGUGAGAUUUUUUUCUGAUUUUCUUUGGAUUUUGGGAGUUUUUUGGGACGUAAAAAUUGAGAUUUUUUGGUCAGAUUUUUUUUUGAUUUUCUUUGGAUUUUUUGGGAAGUAAAAAUUGAGAUUUUUUGGUGAGAUUUUUUUUUGUUUUUUCGGAAUUUGAGAUUUUUCGGAGAAAUUUUUUUGAUUUUUUUGGAAUUUGGGAUUUUUUGAAAAGUAAAAAUUGAGAUUUUUGCGUUAAAUUUUCUUUUAUUCGCCACUAAUUUUCCAUAUUUUCAGCCGAUGACGCUCUCAACGCCCUCCUGACCAAAGUCGAAAAAGAAAUGUACGAAGAAGCCGAAGAAACGGACGAGAUCCCCGACAAACAACGACAACAAACCUCGUCAAGUCAGUCCCACCUCAGCCACGCCACCACCUCCAGCUCCACCUCAGAAGAGGACGAAAAAGAACCCCCGGAAGACACAAAACCCACCACCAGAGCGCGCAAAGACCCAAAGCCCGAAGAGCCGCCCGUGGAUCGUCAUGUCUGCCGAAAAUGCAACCUGGAAUGCCGCUAUCCGGGCCGCCAUAUCGUACAGAAACACUUGGGAAAACCACUAUAUGUAUGUCCGGUAUGUGAGACGUUCGGCACGUACGAAGCGUGCGCGGUGGGAAAACACAUUGAAUCGGUCCAUAAACGCCGCGAUUUGAAGCCAAUCUCGAAGAUGGAGGAGUAUGUGAAUGAGUUGAGACAACUACAGACGGAAUGUUUCCCGGACAGACAGAUGAAGUUGGUCCCGUCGAGUUUGGGUGAGUUUGGAAAGGAUUUGGAUAUUGUAGUAGGUAGCUGGAGAAAAAUGUUUGAAGGGUUUAAGAUAAAGUUGGUGGUUGAAUUCGGGUCAUAAAUUAGUGUUUUGGCUCUAUGAUCCUUGUGAUACCACUAGACAGGGUUUAUUUGAGAUGAAAGUUGAUUUAAAUGGAUUUAUAUGUUAUACUGGACACCUGAAGGAAAAAGUUUUAAAAUUGAUGCGCUGAGUAAUAAAGUUUGGUUAAUUAUUGAGAAUUAUUAUUCUGUAGUCUUUGUAGUUACAGAAAAAAGACAUUGGGUUUCGAUUUAUUAGGGUUUAUUAGGAUUUAGAGAGAGAUUUUAUGUUGUACUUGGCAUCUGGUGGGUAAAAAUUAAUUUUUGGUUGUUUCUGUGUGUCUAACACGAGAAAAAUUAAUUGAUAACUCUAUUUUAUCGCUGAAAAAGGCUACAUUUUUAUAGUUAGUUAUAUUUAAUGUGAAAAUUUAUGUUAUCCUUGACAUCUGAGCAUCAAAAAUUUUUUCGCCUUUAUCAACUCUUUCCAGGCUCAAAACCUCGAGAACGUCAUGUCUGCAAGAUCUGUAACGCAGACGUCGCUCAAUCCGACCGUCAGCGGCACGUUUAUCAUCGCCAUCUUCGGCAACCCAAGCUUUUCGAAUGCCCAUUGUGCGAUUUUCACUCGGAUUACGACAUCCAUCGCGUAUCAUGGCACAUCAAAUGGACCCACAAGAACAACCAGAAGCAACCGAUCACUCAUGAAGCCGAAUUCCGUGAAUCGAUUGACCGGCUGAACGAGGAAUGCUUCCCUGGAUGGAAACAUCGAAAAAGUUUGGCGGCGCAGGAGGAAAAAAUGGCAAAUCAGGGAAGAAGAAGGACGGGAACACCGAGAUCAAGACGGUAAAUUUGAUUUUUGAGAUUUGUAGAGUAUAGAGAGCGUAGAAUGACUUAUUUUGAUCGAGUUUGAAUACAAUUUUUUGAGGAUUUUUAUUAGUGUCAUGUGUAAUAUAAAUUUUUUUUAGAGCUCUAUCCCAAGCCAGUUCCACCACUUCGGACCGCUCCAGAAUGGUCGAAGACAACUUUUUGGAAGAGGAGCCGGCUUCACUGGCUCCGGUAGCGAACAAACGGCCGAUCAGAAACACUCGUUCGAACACUGACGCCAAGAAAAUUAAAUUGGAAGCAGUCCCGGAAAUUUUUUGCGAAAAUUGCCAAUUCUCCGUCCCGGAAUCCGAGGAACUCACCCACAUCCUGAGCGAUCAUUUGGCCCUGGAAGUUUAUAAAUGCCCCGUGUGCAAGACCUACAACAGCGAUGAGCAAGAGCAAGUGGCACAACACAUGAAAGACGCCCAUAAAAACACAAUCGGAGUCCCGCUGCUGAACAUCGAGAAUGUGGAUGAGAUCCUGGCCGAACACAAGAACGCCUUCCCCGAGAGAACCCUGGUCCUGGACAAGUGGCAGGCCGGGAAUGGAGUUCAGUGCCGGGAGUGUGGAAUGCUAAUGAAGACGGAGGAUCGACAGGUAAAUUUUUUGAUUUUUUGAAGGGGGUUUUGGGAGGAGUGAAAUAUUUUUUUUUAUUUUGGAAAUUGCAAAAAAAAAAUUGAUUUUUUGCCAUUUUUUUGAUGUAAAAUUUGAAUAAUUUCUGCAAAGCACUUCAGUUGAAAUUUUAGUUCAGAAAGGUAACGAAAUUUUUUGAGUGAAAAGCUUUCCAAAAUUUACGAUGUAAAAUCUUGUAUACAGGACCUGAUCCAAUAGCAAAAAACGUACGAUUUUGCAUCCGGGAGGCAUCAAAAAUGUGGCAAAAUGCUUCCCUCUCCAGGUGAAAAAAACUGAGAUUUCAAAAGCGCCCGCUCUUUUUGUGAGGUAACCCCCUUCAAAACGAAGUUUUUUCACUUGGAGAGGGAAGCAUUUUGCCACAUUUUUGAUGCUUCCCGGAUGCAAAAUGGUACGUUUUUUGCCACUAGACCGGGUACUUCACUGUUGCUGAAACUCUGGAAAAUGUUUCUGGAAGUAAUUUUUCGCAAAUUUUAUCAGGUUUUGAGCGUAAAUUUUGAUAAAAAAACUUUUAUUUAUUUAUUUUAUUAUUUUUUUUUAUUUUUGAGUUUCAUGAUGAUUUUACCCUUUUUUCAGAUCCACGUCUAUCGCCACCACCUCCGAAAACAAGACCUCUACGAAUGCCUCUACUGCGAGUUCUCCCACCACGCCUGCUCAUCGGACGUGAAGAGCCACAUGCGCCACGUCCACAACCAACACGACGCCUGCCCCAAGGCGAACAUCGAAAAGUACGCGCAAGAGAUUGACGAAUGGAACAGCCGCUGCUUCAACGGCUGGAUCAACCGCCGCCUGCCGUCGGCGGCGAGCAAGGACUUUGAGAAGUGCCGGCUCUGCCUCACCGAAAUCCAACAGACCUCCCGGCACAUUGCCGAAGUCCACAUGAACAUCCAUCUGCAUCAGUGCCCGCUGUGCGACUACGGCGCCUCCGAGGCACGCCUGGUCCGCCGCCACAUCAGGAACUUCCAUGAUGGCGCUGCGGAGGAGCUGGAGCCGAUUGCGAAUGUGGUUCAAAGAAGGGCAGAGUUUGCUGCGUUUCAUGAGAAAUGCUUCCCGGGACGCCCAAAACGCCUCAGCAAUAUUGUAAUUAGUGAAGAAGGCCGAAGAACCAAGUGUAAGGAAUGCGGGAAGACGAUUAGUCGCAAACGCCGCCUAGAUCAUCUACUGGAAUAUCAUCUCAAAAAGAAGGUCUUCAAAUGCUCGAGCUGCUCGUUUGGAUCGAAUUUUGAUAAAUUGCUGGUGGAACAACAUGUGGAGAAGCACAAAGGAGCACGUCUUGUCAAUGAUGUACCAAAACACGCCGCCAAACUUGAGGAUUUGAGCAAAAAAUGCUUUAAAGACCAGCAAAUCAAUCUGGACAUGUAA